AGGGUUGGAAUGAUCAAAAACCACUUCUCUUCAAUUUUUCACUUUUGAGAUUUUUGAUUCCACCCUCAAAGUCUCCCUCCUCUUGGUUGGUUUCUUCCUCCCACAAAAUUAAAAAUUAGAAAGAAAAAACACCAACCAAGAAGCAUGUUCAUCUCUUUUUUUGCAUGACUUCUCUCUCUCAUUCACCCUCUUUUGUUUAUGUUUCCUUCACUCUCCUUCAUGCAUGGUCUUAAGGUUUUUUGUUUCCACAUUAGUUGGAGCUAGGCCUAUUAAGUCAUGUUGUGAUUAAUUUUAAAUUUUUUUUAUUUCUUCUCAAAGAUAUAUCAAGGAAGAUACUUUUAGUUGGUUUCAUUGAAGAUUGAAGGUUGAAGAAUAAACACCUAGGUUUUUGGUGCAAAUAUAUCAAGAAGAGUUUCUUUUCUGAUAACUAAUGUCGACUAAGGUGAAAGGCCUUCUUAAAGGACUUAGAUACAUUUCUCAAAUAUUUGAUGAGAAAGAAGAUGAAAUUCAAAUUGGAUUCCCAACAGAUGUAAAGCAUGUAGCACAUAUUGGAUCAGAUGAUCCUUCAGCAAAUGCACCUAGCUGGAUGAAUGAGUAUAAAGGAACAAAUCCAUCCGGAACAAUAGACGCUACUGAGAUACCUGAAGGAGACAAUAAAAAAUCAUCGAAUUCAAAAGAAAAAUCAUCAAAGGUUCGGCAUUUAAUUCCAAAAUCAAGACACCAAUCAAUUGACACUGAAGCCAACUCAACAACCAAGAAAAAAACACGUCGCCAUCUCCGAUCAUCAGAUCCAUCUGCAGAAACCUCAGCACAAGAUUCAUCGGGUGGUUCUCGACAUAGACGACACCGUCGUGGCUCAAAUCAUGACUCUGAUUCACAGUCAACCGAUGCUUCAUCAGUAAAAUCCCAUCAGAGAAAAUCCAAGAACUCAGAAGAUGGUUCGGUGCGAAAGCCUUCUUCAAAAAGAUCAUCUAAAGGGGAUUCAUUAACCGAUAUCUCUCUUUCAGAUUUUGGAUCUGGGUCUAUCCAAGAUAUUGGAGACGAACCUAAAUAGAAUUUAAGUUUAAAUAAAAUUUAAUUUUAAUGGAAAUGAGUGGGAGAGAAAAUAAAAACAUGUUUAGAUUGCUUUAUUUAAGCUUUUCUAAUGACAUAAACACUUUUAAGAGUGUUUGAGAAAACUUAUAAAAAUAACUUAUGACAUAUUCAUAAGAUGUUUCUAGUUUAUUUUCAUAAAUUCUUUACGAUAAUUUAUGAAAAUAAUUUAUAGAUUACACAAAAA